UCCAAAGAUUACAAUGUAGUAUUGGAUCAUGUCUAAGAAUCUGUGUUUGUGAUGAAUUAGUUGUCGAAACUCGAAUUGAAUUUUUCUUUUAAAUUUAAAGUAUAUAAUAGGCAAUAGGCCAAUACAAUAAUCUUAUUACGUAGCUCAGACUUAAUGUUGACUAUUUACUACUUUCAUUUAAAUUAUUAUCAUAUAGACUCUUUAGGUUAUGAUUGCGACAAAAGGCAAAACUUUAUCAACGGACUUUUAAUGUUGUCCAAUUUACUUUUAUAAUUUAACAUAAUUUACUAUGUUACACGUGUUAUUUAAUAUGCUUUUACAUAAAUAAUGGCUGAAACAAAAAUCGAUGUAACUAUUGGAAAGUAUCAACUAUUUAUCGAAAAUGUACUCAAAGAGGAUCUACGAAUAUUACAUUUAAAGUUGCAGCAGGUGAACGCCGAACUAACAGACUUGAUACAACAGAAGCAUACACUUAAAGUAAUCACGAAUAAAUCAGUACAUCCAAAUGGCAUCAAAACACAGGUAAAUAUUGGUUGUAACUUCUUUAUGGAAGCCUCUGUUCCAGACACUUCAGUGUUAUUGAUGAAUAUUGGCCUGAAUCACUAUUUAGAGUUCUCAACUGAAGAGGCGCACAAGUAUUUGGAUGCCAGAAUAAAGGUAUAUGAACAGAAAUCUGAAGAAAUAUGCAACAAAGCUGCUGAGACUAAGGCACAUAUAAAAUUGUUGUUAAUUGGUAUUGGUGAAUUAGAAAACCAAAAUAAUAGUAAAAAGAGUUAACUAGCUUAGUAAAGGUGGACAGAGUUAUUGUAGAGAUUGUUAAUUACUCGCUCAUUGGUAUUUGCUGAAAUAAUACAUUUGAAAGUGUUAACAGGCUUCCAGGAUCUGAAAUGUUAACAUUAUACAUAUACAAUACAAUUUAAUUUUGAUUAGACCAUAGUUUCUUAUUAACCUUUUUUGUUUAGUACCUUCCUUAUUAGUUUAUCAGGAUUCACUAUUUUAUGACAAAAAAUAUGAGUUAGGAAUGGGUGAUGCUUCAUGAAUAAUAUUGUCUUUAGUUUACAACACUUUACUUAAUUUUACAUUAUUUUGCAAAGUAAUGCUACAUAAAAUAUGAUUAGGCAGAACGGAAUGUAAAUGACAAAAGGUUCCAUGGAAUUAUUAUUAACCUCCUUCGUAUUGCUAGUUGUAUGUUGUGUGUAGAGGACUGAUGACCAAUUGUUAUAAUUAUAUAUUAUGUGCCAUAUUAUCUGAUUUUUUUAUUAUAAAAUACAUAACUACAGUUUAAAACCUUAUUUUGCUGUGCCAUGACAUUACACUGUAUCCCCAGAUUCAGAGUUUUGUGGUAACACCUAUAAAAGAGUUCUCACAUGGUUACAUUCAGUGACAUAUACUUCAUUUAUGUUUCAUAAAAACAGCUCACAUAAGUUGUUUCCAAUGCUAAGCGGGGAGCACGAAUUUGACAAAUUUUCAUAUAAUCUGCUGUCAGUCGAGAGACUCUUCUAUCUUGCAUCAGUUUUUUCAAUGCUGUAGCUUCUGUAAUUAAAAUUUUAAUGAUUCUGAUUUUUGUUAAACAUUACAGAUAAAUUACCAACCUACUACUAUGCUAUUUUUAUAAAUUAUGUUUUAUUUGUUUUGUUGAAGAAGUUUUGACUGCAAUAAUUAUUUUUCUUUCACUAAGAUGAUCUGUUUUUAAAAAAUCCUCUAAAAGAAUGUAUGGAACUAUAAAUCAUUGCUUUGUUGGUGCUUUGUAUUGAGCUAGACUGUCAAUGCUGUCUGUGGAUGGCCAUAGGAACUUUUAUACUGAACAUGAACAUUUGUGUAAACUGUUGGAAGUGUCAAACAAAGUCAAGCCAGGAGCUUUCAUAGAAAACGUCACCUUUGCUGAAAUUAUAAAAAAAACCGUGCGUGAUAAGGAGGUCAGUGUGAGGGCGAAGGGGAGUCUGCUAAUCUUAAUAUAUAAGCGAAUGGUCAUCAUGCAUACAAACUAAAACCGUUUGACUUACAAAGAUGUGGCAGGGAGGUAGUCUAUAGUUAGUAGGGGUUCUCUAAGAACAGAUUUUGCGAUAGGGCUGGAAAUAGGGAAGUGUAAGGGCGGACGAAGUCGCAGGCGUCAGUGAAAUGAAAAUGAAUUUUAUUCGUUUUAUAAACAUUACAUUACAUAGUAGGGCUGAGACCUUUUAAGUGAAAACCUGUGUCAGAAGGUCUCGCUCUCGCUAGUAAUUAAUAUAUAUUAAGGAGUGUCAGUCUCAUAUAAACAAGUGAUAAUGUAAUAAGAUCAUGUGAUUGUUUGAAAUAAGAUAUUGUAUUUGUUUGUAGGUAUAAGCAAAAUAAAAACAAUAAAUUUUACUGUUCAAAUAUUGUAUAA